CUGAAUAGGAAUGGAUUUUACACAGACAUUUCAGGCGUAUUGGUGACAGGUGCAUCGGGAUUUCUUGCCAUUCACUGCGUAAAACUACUAUUAAAAGAAGGCUAUAAAGUCAAAGCUACUGUGCGUAAUAUUAAAAAUGAAAAUAAAAUUAGGUACCUACAAGAUUUUCAAUCUGCUGGUCAUCAGCUUGAAAUAGUUGAAGCAGAACUGGAGGAUGAAAAUAUUUGGCACCACGUGGUGAAUGAUUGCAUUUAUAUAAUGCAUAUCGCUAGUCCAUGCCAAAUCAUAGCAGAUGAAUCAAUUAUUAAAACGGCUGUUGAUGGAACAUUAAAUGUGCUUAAAGCCGCGUACCGAUCAAAAACUGUAAAAAAAGUUGUGCUAACAAGUUCAUGUGCUGGUUAUAAUGAACCAAAUCGUAUAUUUACGGAAACGGAUUGGGCGAAUCUCAACGGUAAAAACGUGCAUCCUUACCAUCAAAGUAAAACACUAGCUGAGCGGUCAGCAUGGGAUUUCAUUGAAAGUCAUCCAGAUAUUAAUUUUAAAUUUACGGUGCUGAACCCAUCAAUUAUUGUUGGACCAUUAAUGCAGGACAGAAAAGGUGCAAGUGCGGAGCUUAUAAGUCGAUUCGUUGAUGGCUCUAUGUUGGCCUUACCAAAGAUUAAUUGUGGUUUUGUGGAUGUUGAUGAUGUAGCUACAAUCCAUAUUCGUGCAUUAAAGGAACCGAAAAGCAAUGGGCAACGAAUUUUGCUAUCAGCGAAAUCUUACUCUUUUAAAGAGAUCGCUGAAAUUCUACGCAAGGAAUUUAGUUUAGGAUAUCGUAUACCACGUUUUAAAGCACCUUAUCUUUUAUUAUGGCUCUAUUCAUUUUUUGAUAUAGCAGCCCGUCAAGCUCUGUAUUUGCAUGGUCAUAAAGAAAAAUUCGAUACUUCAAAGGUUGUUUUUUCAUUAACUUUUUAUAUUUGGUUAAAAAUAUUUUUUUUUAAGUCUUAA